AAAAACUUGAGGGGUACAUUUUAGCUAAAUCUUGUUUAUUCUAGCGAGGUCAUUCACCUUCUUGAUGACGAGCAGCAGUUGCAGAUUUCUCUUCAAAAAUGGUUUGAUUCCAAAUUUGGCAGAAAACCCAUCAGUUACAACCUUACUUGAAUCCCACCAAGGUGCAUAUACAACAACUAGGACUCACAAUGAUGGCUCACUGCUGUUGUUUUGGGAAAGGCAUAUGAGUAGACUCUCCAAUUCUCUAAGAAUUCUUUUGAAUUCCAACCCUGAACUUUUAUUCAAUUCAGAGACAUGUAGAGUCCCUCUUUCCUUAGUAUCAACAAAACCAACCAUGUUGGAUUCAUUGGUUCAAUCUCUUGUGAAUGAUUCAAUGAGAAAAGCUCUGCCUUUUGUAUUGAAACAAAGAAGAAGUGGAGGGGAAUUUGCCAUUACAUGUCUUGUCAGUGGAAAUGUUGAUAGGUUGGAGGAGAAUUUGUCUACAGCCUUUGAUGUGUAUGUCCAUGUUGGUUCCUAUGUUCCUCCACUCUUUGGUAUCCAUGAAAAUGCAGCACGUUUGGCAGUUGUAGGUCGUGGCAGGCGCGUAGCGAAUGCCAAAUACUCAGAUUGGGUUAGGCAAAGGAAACAAUUGGAGAAGCUGAGGCCACCUUCAGUCAAUGAGCUCCUCUUGUCAAACAAUGGCGACCAGAUCUUAGAGGGUUGUUUGACAAAUCUUUUUGUUGUUUGCCGCAAGGAUGUUAACGAUGAUUACCAAAAGGCUAGCCAAAGAGAGAAUGAAUCUACAGUUUCAAUUGAAUUGCAGACUGCCCCUUUAAGAGAUGGUGUCCUUCCAGGAGUUGUACGCCAAGUCAUUCUUGACACAUGCUCAAGAAACAAAAUCUCAGUCAGAGAAAUUGCACCUUCAUGGUCUGAGCGUGACAUGUGGUCAGAAGCAUUCAUUACAAACAGCUUGAGGCUAUUGCAGCAUGUGGAAGUAAUUCAAGCCCCUAGUUCAUGGGAAUCAGUUGAAGCACAAACUUGGAGGGACGUAACUUGGGAGGAGAAGCUAUUUGAGCAUGCUCCUGGAAGGAUCACUGCGCUCAUCCAGAAGGAGAUCAUGAAAAUGACAAGCACGGAAGGGUAUCCAGUUGCUCUAUUCAAUGACUGAUAGACCCUUUCCAUCAUAUGUGCUAAUUGUGGUACGAUUGGAAUGGUCGCAUCUUGUGAAAACACAAUGUUUUAGCCACUGAUGCAAGUUCUCUAGUCUAAACUGGCACAUCUCCCUGUUACAUUGUGGUGUACAAUUAACUUUGUUUUGAAGCAUUUGAUUAUGUCCAUCACUGUAAACAUUUGAACUGAAGUUCGUCGUGUAGUUGGUAUAAGAUGGUUGUUUUGUAUGUU